CUUGCACUAAAAUCUGAAUAAGAUACAAUAAAACAAAACAACAAACUAAAAAUGACGGAGUCCAUCUCCUUCCAAACCGCCGACGGCGUCACUCUGCGAGGAUGGUUUUUCAGCAGCACCGCCAGUUCAUCCGAACUGCCCUGUCUCGUCCUCAGCCCCGGCUUCUCCGCAGUUAAAGAAAUGGAUAUAGCUACAUUCGCCAGACAUUUCGCUUCAAACCUGCCGCUCCACUGUCUCGUCUACGAUAAUCGCGGCUUCGGCGAAAGCGACACCAAAGAAGGCCAGCCUCGCCAGGAGAUUAUUCCCGCGGAGCAGAAUAGUGAUCUGUCUGAUGCGAUUACCUACGCGCAAUCUCGCGAUGACGUCGACGCAGAUAAGAUCGGCAUCUGGGGGACUUCGUUUAGUGGUGGAAAUGUGUUGUAUGUUGGGGCUGUUGACCGAAGAGUCAAGUCUGUUCUGAGCCAGAUUCCGUUGGUGGAUGGCUGGGCGACGUUUCACCGUGUCGUGAGGCCGGAUUUUCUCGAUGCUUUGAAUUUGUUGUUUCAACAGGACCGUCUUGAUCGAGCUGCUGGACAACCACCGGGCUCUCUCUCCGUCGUGGACAUCGAUCCCAAUAAACCAUCUGCUCUCCCUUCGCCGGAUAGUUAUAAAUUCUUCUCCAGCUGGGAAGAAAAGAGCACCUGGCAGAAUGAAGUAACUGUAAAAACGUGAGUCCAUCCAUUCAUUUACAGAACUAAUCUCUCUGAUAUCUUAGACUCGAGGGAUUCCGCUCAUACAUCCCCUCUUCACAUAUUCAACUUAUCUCUCCAACACCACUGCUGAUGACUGUUGCUCGCGAUGACUGUGUCACACCAACAUAUCUCGCACUGGAAGCAUAUUCUCGUGCCCUAGAGCCUAAACAACUGCAGAUCCUUCCCGGCGGCCAUUUCGGUGCUUAUUCGGGGUCAAACUUUGAGCGGAAUGUCCAGACCCAGACGAGGUUUUUGGAAGAGCAUCUUUGUUCGUAGAUGUUAGUUAGAUUUUUAUUUUCUAUAUAUCCCCUCUUAUGAAUACUAGAGUUGCUUUAGCGUUAGCGUUAUGAUGAUAUCCUAAGAUCCAUUAGAGUUAUGGUGACUGGCCAUUCUAAUCAACCAUAUAUCCGAUAUACAUCGCGUGUGG